AUGGAAGAGCCUCCAGAAGAGGCUCCUGGGGAAUCCUUAGAACCUGAAAACACAGCGAAGUCCCCAAAUGACAACCACACAGAUCAACAGGAAGACAACUGGCAGAACCUGGACAAAGAGGAGGCAGAUAACCAGACUGAUCACAGAAAAGCUAAUGAAGCAGAUCAAAAGGUAUCUAGUCAGGCUGAACCCAGCAUAUUUGGCCAACCAGACCACAAAGUAUUCGAAUACAAUGGGCACAGAACAUUUGAUCAGUCUGACCUUGGAAUAUCCAACUAUGUUAAUGUUGCUGACCACAGAGGAGCAGAUCAGGUUGACCAAAGACUAUCUGAACACAUGGACAGCAACGCAUCUCCCCAAGCUGAUUCUGUAGAAUAUGAACAGACUGACAGUCAAAUAAUGUCUGGCCAGGCUGACCGAAGGGCUUCUGAGCAGACUGACCGCAGAUUGUCUGGCCAGGCUGACCGAAGGACUUCUGAGCAGACUGACCGCAGAACCUCUGGCCAGGCUGACCGAAGGACUUCUGAGCAGACUGACCGCAGAACGUCUGGCCAGGCUGACCGAAGGGCUUCUGAGCAGACUGACCGCAGAAUGUCUGGCCAGGCUGACCGAAGGACUUCUGAGCAGACUGACCGCAGAACCUCUGGCCAGGCUGACCGAAGGGUUUCUGAGCAGACUGACCGCAGAUUGUCUGGCCAGGCUGACCGAAGGACUUCUGAGCAGACUGACCGCAGAACGUCUGGCCAGGCUGACCGAAGGACUUCUGAGCAGACUGACCGCAGAUUGUCUGGCCAGGCUGACCGAAGGGCUUCUGAACAGACUGACCGCAGAAUGUCUGGCCAAAAUGAUCCCAGAACUCUUGAACAGAUUGAUCACAGAAAGUUUGGUCUGGUUGAACAAAAAACUUAUGAACAGGGUCAACAUAGAUUGUCUGACCAAAUGGCCUACAAUACAUCUGUAAUGACUCACCACAACGAACAUAACCAAAUUACUGAACUGGCUGAACACCAGGCUGCUCACCCUACAGUUGACAAGCCUGUCUACAGUGAAUCUGACCAGCUUGAUGAAGAAGAUGAUGACAUAGAUGACAACCAGUCUGACUAUGGAGACAGUGAUGAGUAUGAUGACAGAACAUUUACCAGCAAGGAGGACAAAGGGGACAGAGUACAAUCCUUCAUAUUUGAGACUAACCAAACAGACUUCAAUGAUUCCAGGGUUUCAUUUGUAACUGACUCUGAAAGUACCAACUCUCUACAAGCAAUCAACUCAUUGGAAGCCAAGUUCCUCAGUAAUUUCCAAGCAAAAGACUUUUCCCAAAGAUUCCCCAUCUCAACCAAAUUGGACUAUAUCACCUGUCAAGAAAAAAAUCAAGAUAUUUCAGAAUACCAAGACAAGAAGAACAACCAAACUUAUAAGAGGCAGUUCCCUUCUCUAGUGUAUCAAGAUCCUUAUCAAGUUUCACUGCAAUACAUGGAGAAGCACAACGUUCUGCAAAUAUUCCAGCAGAUCACUGAAAACUUAGUUUAUGAAAGGCCAGAGGACCCCCUGAAUUUUAUGCUAUGCCAGGUCUUACCCCACUCUUUGCCUUCCCUUUUUAUCUCUUAG